AUGCAUCCAACAAAGGGUCUGGACAGGCCCUAUAAGUAUGAACCACUGCCGGAACCGACAUGCAGGUAUCUAACUGCGUUCGAGCCCGGGGGGCUAGGGACAAGAGAGAUCGAGGUGCCUCACACGACAUACAUCAGGCUCGCCACUCUAGAGCCCGCCACCCAGCCGCAGGACGAUCUCGUGAUCCGCCUUGACACCGUUCCCUUCAAUGCCCCUUUCAGCGACUCCGAUUACGACGACCCAACCCUGACGGUCUGGCAUGACGUCCGCGCCAUCCGCGGAGAGGACCAGCCGCCGCCUGAGUACGAGGCUCUGAGCUACGCCUGGGGCUCCGAGGCGGAUCCCGCCCGUGUGCGAGUCCGGAGCCGAAGCCACAAACCUGGCUCCGACAGCUACUACCUGUCCAUAACGCGCAAUUUAGACGACGCCUUGCGCGCAUUGCGGAAUUAUCAUCUCGCUGCCGAGGACCCCGAGAGCGCUGUUGCAUCCAAUUUAUCACGCGUCCUAUGGAUUGACGCCAUCUGCAUCGACCAGGCCAAUGCUGCAGAGAAGGGCCCUCAGGUCGCGAUGAUGGGGAGUAUCUACCAGUCCGCCAGCCGGGUUGUUGCGUGGCUGGGUCCCGCGGACGAGACCUCACACCGCGCCAUGCGCUUUAUGUGCUCCGUCGGCCUGCAGGUCAACGUGUCGUUCCGCGGGUCAGAGCUCUCGCCCGCCCCAGGCGCCGCCCAUCCGGCCCUGGGGGACAUCCAGGCGCCGCUUUUUGAGACCCAUGACCACGACAUGAUCCCGUGCCUGACUGCCUUGUUCGAGCGUGCGUGGUUUUGCCGCCUUUGGGUGGUGCAAGAAAUCCUCCUCGGAAAUCCCUUGCGAACGAUCGUGCUGUGUGGGCCUCAUGACGCUGUGCCGUGGUCCUUAUUUCGCAAGGCCAUCGCUGUGGAUAACACGGCAUAUCUGUCGCGUCUGCGCUACGACUUUGGCGGGCUCGCAUGUAAGGACCCUCGCGACAGGAUCUACGCCGUGAUGAAUUUGCUGGGGCCUCUCGAGCGGCGACAUCUGUGUAUCCGCCCAGACUACGCAAAGCCCGUCGCGAAGGUGUAUAGGGAACUGGUGAGACGGGCGAUCGGCGUUCUGGGUGAUUUAUCGAUCCUGGAGGAGUGCGAGGCGAGUGCGGAGGGCGACAGGUCAUUGCCAAGCUGGGUACCAAACUGGGCUUGCCAGCCUGCAUCUCGCGGGCCAAAACAGGGAGUACCAUUCGCCUCGGCACAGCUUGGGGGCUGGACCGCAAGCAAGGACAGUAUUUUGGACGACAGCAGCGACAUUCUGACUCUGGCCGGAGUCAGCGUCUCGACGAUCCAGCAUAUUGGAACAUGUUACCCUGAUGAUAUCGACAUCAGUGACGAGAUUCGCGUCGCCCAGAUGCUUUUCCAGGAAGGGCUGUGGGAGCACGACCCGCUGGGGGAGCACGACCGGCUGUGGGGCGUUCCUCUGUGCGAAUGGGUGCGCACCUUGUUGACCGGGGAGGUCGCCGAGGCCUUGUCUCCUCCACCGCAAUGGGCUCCCACGAUGAAAGAGGGUAUAGAGACACUCCGGGUCAUGCUCGCUGCAGGAACCAAAACACCAUCUGGAUGUACUUUCGAUAAAGCCAAUUGGGCAUCCAGGAGGAGUGUCAGGUUCCUCAAGAAUGCUGGAAAUCGAGCUGCUGGGCGGCGCAUAUGCAAAGACUCACGGGGAUCACUCGUCUUGGCCCCACGACUGAUGGAACUGCAUUUCUGGGUCCCGUGCCCCCUGGAAUUCGAAUCGUCCUCGACCCUCGAACAUCCAAAAUGA